UUGGUUUCUCUUUCUUCUUCUUGGAAAUGCAAGAAAUUCUGAAAAUCAACGAGAUUCAUGAGCUUUACUGAUUGGCCAGCACACACUUAGAAGGAAGGGGAGUACACACAGAAGUGUACAAAUCCUGCCCAACUGCCUUCAGUCUGCUGCAUUUCCACUAAGAAACAGAGGUGGCUUCAUGUGAAGAGACCGGAGCACAGUGGAGUGUGGUUCCUGCAGCUGAACUUCAGUGAACACAAACACCAGACACAGGACUUUCUGGAGAGAUAGGCAAGACAGCCACACAGAGAACUCCAGGAGAAAGAAAAGCAGAGACGCCAACAGUCAAAGAGGAAGAAGCACUUCCAUACAAAGUAAAGGGCCCCCUUCCAACACAGCCAUGGGUCAGGCCUCCUCUGUUGCAGCUAAGAAAAAAGACUAUGGAGAUUUGGAGUCCAGCUUCACUGAAUAUUUUAAGAACAUAAAGACAGAAAACACAAUCAUUCCUCAGGAUACCAUCGAUGCAAUUGAGUUACACCUGAGAAAAGGAGACACUCAUGGGACAAGCUCUGAAAUCAGGGCUGCAUUAAAAAAUAUUGAUGAGUCCACAAUAAAUAUUGCUGUGAUUGGAGAGUCCGGAGCAGGGAAGUCCAGCUUCAUCAAUGCCCUGAGGGGGGUUAGAUCUGAAGACAAAAGUGCUGCUGAAGUUGGGGUAAUAGAGACAACUAUGAAGAUAACUGCAUACAAUCACCCCAAAAUCAAAACUUUGACAUUAUGGGACCUGCCUGGCAUUGGAACUAUAAAGUUUCCUCCAAAAACUUACCUGAAGGAAGUGAAAUUCCAAAAGUAUGACUUCUUCAUUAUUGUUUCUGCCACACGUUUUACAAAGCAUGAACUAGAACUUGCCAAAGCAAUCAGAUUUAUGAAAAAGAAUUACUACUUUGUGAGAACCAAGAUAGACAUUGAUUUAGAAAAUGAAAAAAAGACCAAACCACGUACAUUUGACAGAGAAAAGAUCCUGGAGAAGAUCAGAAGCUACUAUAUGAAUAACUUUAUUCAGAAUAACAUGGAUAUACAGCAGAUUUUCUUGGUUUCUAACCAAUAUUUAUCUUUGUAUGAUUUUCCGGUCCUGAUGGACACCCUGAUAAAGGAUCUUCCUGCUCAAAAGCGCCACAGUUUUAUGCUUUCCAUGUCUAACGUUACAGAGGCAGCCAUUGACAGAAAGCACAAGUCUAUGCAGCAGACUGUCUGGUUGGAAGCCAUCAAGGAUGGAAUUCUGGCUACUGUUCCUGCAGUGGGCAUCCUCAUGGGUGAUGUGGAGAAGAUGAAGGUGAAGUUAAACUACUAUCGGUUCGUCUUCGGAGUGGAUGAUGAAUCCCUGGAGUUCAUAGCCAAGGAUUUCCAAGUGCCUGUUGAACAACUGAAAAAAAUCAUGAAAUCUCCUUAUUUGUUGGAAACUAAGGAAGGGAAAACAUUAGAGGAAAACCUUUUGAACUAUUUGGAGAAAUGUGUCUCAGCUAAUGGUGGGCUCCUUGCUACAGGCUUUUACUUGAGGAAAACCUUUUACCUACAACUUCUUUUCCUUGACACAGUGACUGAAGAUGCCAAAGUUCUCCUUAGAGAGAUAUAUUCAAAAGCUAGUUCAAACUCACCUCACCCACAGCUACUGACCAUGGAUAAGUUUUAUUCUUUCCUCAUAUCCUUCACAGGAUUCACUGUCAUUUGUUUUGUUUUGUUUUAUCUUGGCCUUUGGGAAUGGAAUAAGGGGUAAUCUCCAAAUAAUGUUCUGAUAUUAUGACCAUUUUAAUUUUACUAUAAAGAACACAAAUAUUAUAUAAAAUAAAUAAAAAACAAACAAAAUAAAGAACACAAAUAUGUAAAUUUUAAACAAAUAGUUAAUUCUACAAUAGCCUGUUUAUUCUAUUAUUUGUGAGGCUAGGGCUCCAAUCCAGGCUUUGUACAUGCUAGGCAAGCAUUUUAUCACUAAACUACACACCUCACCUUGUGAUAGCUUUUAGAUUUAAAUAAGCCAAUAAAUCAAUAAUUUGACUAUUGUGGAAUUCUGAAUUCUAAUUAUUUAAUUGUCAAUCUGUAUUUCUAACAAAAAAUGAUAAAAUGUGGAUUACAUAUUAUCAUAAUUCUAACAGAUAAUGUAAACAAAAUAGGUUCUUCAAUGUCCAACAUAAUUAUAUGUAGCAAACUAAUAGUCACAUAUUUUCAAGUCAUUAAUAAUAAUCAGAAUUAAUGUGAAUCCCUUAAGGACAUUUGGAAUUCUUUUUACUUUUCUUUCUUUUUUUUUUUUAAGUGUUUAUCUUAUUUAACUUACAGGUACAUGUAAAGGCCAGAGGACAACUUGUGCAGUUGGUUUUACCCUUCCACCAUGAGGGCUCAGGGCAUCUAACUCAGCAACUCAGGCUUGUCCAGGACUUGCAGAGGCAUCUCACACUCCACCCAGAGUGAGCCUGGACAAGGCAAUUAGCACAGUAGAGAUGUUCUGGCUGCUCAGAGGAUGCUGAGCUGACUAUGGACUGCACGGGACCAGCCGGACUAGAGAGACUUUUCUCUCAAAUGCAUAAAAAAUAGGAAGGAUAGAGAGCAGUACCACAAUGGGAUACAGACAUUAAGUCCGCAGCCCCUUAGUAAUUUUAAUUUGCAAUGACCAACAAUGUUGCACACUUUUUCAAAUGCUAA